CUUUACUAGCAACAACAUGUUCAAACUUUUCGACACUUCUUUCGAUUAAUGUCCACCAAUCAGCUGUGAGGAGUUGCCAUGUUGGCUUUUUUGUUCCGGACGUCAUGUAAACAAAAGGAAAGACCUAUUGUGAUUUCACCAAAUUCCAAUCAAUAGAAAAGGCUAUAGUCCCCCAAGAGUGCUAAUACUUAGUAAAAAUUCUAUAUAAAACUGUACAAAAAGUCACUAAAAGUGAAAUGGAGUCUCUAAGCAUAGCAGAAAACUGCCGAGCGUGUCAAAUUAAAACUCAAAGAGAAUCUCAGAUAUUCAUGUUUGCUACAACGAAUCUCCCGGACAUCUACCAAGAAACCACAUCCCUGGACAUUCAUGAGAACGAUGGACUACCCGGAGUAUUAUGUUUCACGUGCUACAAUCGCCUCCUGGAAGCUUACAACUUCCGGAAAAUGUGUUCCGCUGCUGCUCUGCACUUCCAGCAGAUCCUGUCAAUGGAUAUCCCUGAGGAGAAAUAUACCCCACCUGAACAUUUAAGUGAUCCUCUGAUGGCUACAAAGACAGAUCCUGAUGAUUCGGAUUCGUCAAAUUCCUUCCCAGAAGACAAAUAUUCGCCACCGGAAAAGAAAUUCCAUCCUCCUGAAGUGUCUGUUCAAAUGAUCGUAGACGACAAACCUCUGAUUCUAGGUGAAGGAAAUGCAGCUGAAGAUAGUAACCAAAUUCUCCGAAAGAUCAAUAAGACGGCAGAAAACCGAGAAAAAACCAAACGACCUUACAAGAAGAGGACAACUGCUCUUCCGGGAGAUACCGAGCAGACUGACAAACGUAAGAAGAUCAAUAUGGAAUGCAGUCUCUGCAAUUUGAAAUUUGACCGGAAAGAUCGUCUGGAGAUGCACAUGAUGGUUAAGCAUCAGGGAGUGAAGGCUUGUGAAUGUAAAAUCUGUGGUAAGGGAUUCACUCGUUUUGACUCACUGAAAGGACACAUGGGAACCCAACAUGGAGCCAAGAGACAGUUUCCUUGCUUAGAGCCAGGAUGCAAGAAACACUACGAAACUGAGGAAGGACUGCAGAAUCAUAUGAAAAGCUGGCAUGAUCCAGAGAAUCCCAGAAAACCUACCAACAAAGUGUGGGUAUGUGAGGUUUGUGGGAAGGAGUUCAAAACGUCCUGCUCCCUCAGAAAACACAGUUAUAGCCAUGGUGUUACUAAACCGUAUGCCUGCGCUCAGUGUCCCAUGCGAUUCCCCACGCGGGAUAAGCUCAAGAUACACACGAUGCGCCAUGACGGUAUUAAGAGGUAUGAGUGUACGAUUUGUGGGCUCAAGAAGGUCACAGCUCGUGAACUGAAGAUUCACGUGAAUACUCACACGAAAGAGAAAACAUGGUCUUGUGAAUUUUGCCCGUACGAAACCGUCAAACAGGAGAGUUUGAAGCGACAUGUGAAGGUAGUUCAUCAGGGAGUGAAGGAUUUCCAUUGUCCGCACUGCGAGAGAUCAUUCGGAAAGGCAGAAACCCUUAAGCAUCAUGUGAUGACCCACACGGGAGAGAAGCCACAUGCCUGCAGUGAAUGCGGGAAGAGAUUCAUCCAACAAACAGCCCUCAAGACUCACAUGAAGACUCAUCUCAAACACAAGUGAAUUCUUAAUCUAAUUCUUGAUUAUUGUGCAUUGUACAGCAUUUCAUCAAUUGUGCAAAUUAUUUAAAUCUGCAAUGGUUAUAGCUAAAUAAAUUUAUGUGGUGGACUCAGAGGAGUCUCGGUAGGAAA